AUGGUGUUUCCUGCUGCAGGAGGAGGCUAUGGUGGUUGGGCAGACAUGAGGAACCUCGCUUUCCAAGUGCUCAGGGGGCGUUGGCUCAUGGUGUUUGCAACAUUUAUACUGAUGUCCGUCUCCGUGAGAAACAAGUUAGGUUUUAUUGAUGGAUCUCUUGAUCCUCCUGCUAAAACUGACUCUCUGUUUUCUCCGUGGAGCAAAUGCGACACUAUUGUCCUCUCCUGGCUUCUCAAUUCCUUGUCCCCUAAAAUCGCUCAAAGUGUCAUUUAUGUUGACUCUUCUCGUGCGAUGUGGCUCGAAUUGAAGGAGAUAUUUUCUCAAGGGAACGGACCUCGUAUUUUUGAGUUGCAGACUGCUAUCUCUGCUCUACGACAGGAUCAAAGUGAUGUAAGUACUUACUUCAUUGAAUUGAAGAGUUAUGUGAUGACAUUUCUCAUGGGGCUUACUGAUGCAUUUGAUGCCGUGAGAGGCUAG